AUGAUUGUGCUUGCUCCCGUCGCACGGAACGCUUAUGGCGAACUAAUGUAUACUUAUGAAACUUUGAAACGGAGCGCGAGGUUAAAUUCGAACUUGGAUUUCGAGGUUAGGGAUGCAGGGUGGACGAGAGGAACGGCUAAGGAGUGUAGCGGGGGAUGGUGA